GGAAGGGGACAGUUUAGAACGAAAGAGAUCAACUCAGCAGGUCCAGGCGGGCCAAAAACGGAAUCAGGGGAGCCAGCCAAAGAAGGGAGAGGACCAAUGAACCCACAAGGAGGAAAGGCUUUUGGGGCGCUGAAGACUCAGCAGGAGGAACUCCUCGACUCCCUCAAUAAGGAAUUUCUGGAUGACCCCAAAUUCAGCACCGAUGAAGACCUUGCUGAAAAAUUAGAAAUCUUUAAGAAGAAAUACAUGGACUUUGACCUCAAUGCACAAGGUGAUAUAGACAUUAUGGCUCUGAAGCGUAUGCUGGAAAAGCUAGGAGCAGCCAAGACCCACCUGGAACUGAAGAAGAUGAUCACCGAGGUGACAGGAGGCAUGAGCGAAACCAUCUCCUACCGGGACUUUGUCCGUAUGAUGCUGGGCAAGCGGUCGGCUAUCCUUAAGAUAAUUCUGAUGUACGAAGAGAAAGCCAAAGAGAAGGAUGAGAAACCAGCUGGGCCCCCUCAAAAGAAAAAAAUUGCAGAUCUUCCUUAAAUAUCUCUGGCUGCUGUGAUUGACUCCAGCCUCUAGAUGGCGCUCUUAGAACAGAGAAGAGCCUCCCUUAUAAAAAAAAAAAAAAAAAACUAAACAAGUCCUGAGAAAGGAGUUCAUUUAAAAUACCGUAUUUCUUCGAUUCUAAGACGCACUUUUUUCCCAUAUAAACAUUUCUAAAAACGGGGUGCGUCUUAGAAUCGCAGGUGUGUUCAUUAUUUCUUAGAAUCAAAGCUUUUUUUUUCUGUUGGUGGGACUGAAAUUAGUGUGCGUCUUACAAUCGAUGGCGUCUUAGAAUCGAAGAAAUACGGUACUAUUUUUUGAAGUCCUCUCAUGGGAGAACCAAGUCUCAUUCAUUUAGAGGGCAGAGUAUUUUGCCUACAAGAUGAUUUGCGUUUCCACCCUCUAUUUUAAAAAACUGUGGUAAACUCACUAAAUAUAAUAGCCCACUGUACAUACAAAAAACAUUGUCAGUGCAAUCCUAUGCAGAUCUACUUGGAGGUAAGUCCCAUUGGGUUCAAUGGGACUUCCUUUUAUAUCCACUUACUUCGGAGUAAUAGCAUAAGAAGAACCGUAUCAAAGGCCUUAUCUAGUCCAGCAUUCUGUUCCCACAGUGGCCAACCGAAUGCCCCAAUGAGAAGCCCACAAACAGGACUCGUUGG